AGACUCAAAAAAUUCUUACUAAAAAUUUUCAAUAAAACUUCGCAGAAUUCCUUAAACGUCCGCAGCAACACUAAAUCAUUCUCCCUAGAAACUUGCACUGAGCUUAUAAUAACACCUACAAAUACACAUACAUACACACUCGACGCUAACAAAAAAGCGUUUUACACCUUCGCCAGCGAAGCGAGAAAAAACUUUCAAACUUCUACAGCCUGCAUUUAUUGCUUCCACACUGUUUGUUGUUCUUGCUGCUGUUUUUUUUUCGGUUUGUAUGCGAAACACGCGCGCAUCAAAGUUGAAAAGUGCAAUUUAGGUGAGAGCGAAGGAAAAACUUUUCUGCUCAACAAAAGCGCAUGGAUUGCCUUUGGUUGUUGUUGUUUGUCUUUUUUUGUGUGGCCCGCUAUUUAAACUAAAACUAAAACUAAAUUACACGUGUGUACGUCAUUUUGCUGUGCUAACAAAAUAUUAGUGUUUUUGUUGUUUUUGAUUUUACACCAAGGAGUUCAACUGGCAGCUCACACACCUUGGCCGCGCUGCGUUCUGUUGCGUGUCUAUUUUGUGGAUAACUAAAGGUGUAAUUGUGCGGCACAAUAAGUUUGCUUGUAGUUGUUAUUGUUUUUCGUUUUGUAAAAGGACGUGAUUUUAUUGCAAAAUUUAAAAAAAAAAAUAAAAAUAAAAAGGCAGCGAAAAUUAUUGCCCCUGUUUGCUGAGUGAGGACGAGAAGGAGAAAAUAUUUGUGAGACAAGAAGAAAAUACUAAAUAGAAAUAAAAAUAAAAAAAUCGCUAUUAAUUAACUGCAGUGUUUCAAAGCAUUUCCGUUGCUGGAAAUAUAUAUGGUUAAAAAAUAAACGCCCGCCAAGCACUUAUACUCGAAAAGACGUCUUCAAGUUUACUCAGUUAUUCUCAGCUUUUUCUUUAAAGCUCGUGUGGUUGGGUUUCCAGUUAGGAAACCCGCCAAGUAAUUCACGUCAAAAUUUUCACAGACGGAAAUAAGCUUGGUCCUGCAGCCGCGGGAAGAGGCAUGUUUUGCUAUCAGUGUCCGCCAUCGUUGCAUCCAUGUGGGCCGCAUCCGUCACGUUUGCCUACACUGGAUUAUCCAUUUGCAGCUACGCAUCCAUAUGCAAGUUACUCCUAUCAUCCUUCUAUACAUGAUGAGACAUUCGUGCGACGUAAGCAACGACGUAAUCGUACAACAUUCACACUGCAACAGUUGGAAGAACUGGAGACUGCCUUCGCUCAGACCCAUUAUCCGGAUGUAUUUACACGUGAGGAUUUGGCGAUGAAAAUAAACUUGACGGAGGCGCGCGUUCAGGUUUGGUUUCAGAAUCGACGCGCAAAAUGGCGUAAGGCCGAACGCCUUAAGGAUGAGCAACGCAAGCGUGAAAAUGGCGAGAACAGCGGUUCGCUGGACAAGCUCCACGACAGUCGGGAGUCAUCGCCCGAUAUAACUGGCGAAAUUGAUGAUGAUGAACCCUCACUACGUCGUUCCCAUAGUCCCGGUCCGCACUCGACUAGUCCGCAUGGCUUGGAUUCGGAUAAUGAGCGUCCGCUCUCUUCCACACAUCUAACAACACAAUCAGCUUCACAAUCGGUCGGUUCGAUAAGCGCCGGUUCACCUUCGCCUAGUGCUCGCGCCACGCCACAACAUUGUCCGAAUAGUCCGACUUCGAAUUCACGUCACACCGACUCACCAAUCGAGGUGGGUGGUCCGAUUUCUUUGACUUCACGCUCAGCUUCCGGCACUACGCCUACUUCGUCGCUACACAGCACACCCACGACUUUUGGCAGUCAUAUUUUUGGAACUUUCGGCGGUGAUAGCAAUUGCGGCUUUCGUCCGGUACUCAACGACAACUCCGGCAGCGUGGUCGCUUCUGGUGCUGGCGCACAACGCAACACCGCCGCCACCAGCCAUCCACCACUCUUUCUGCCACCACAUUUGGCUACGCUCAGCUCACAGUUUACACAUCAACCACUCUUCCCCGGACUAAAAGGCGUCUCACCCUUUCCGGGUCUCUGCUCGUGCUGUUCCCUGAAACCACCACCGCCACCGCCAACCGCCUCAUCUUUAGCCGCUGCAGCCGCCGCAGCAGCUGUUGCUGCUUCUUCUUCGAGCAACUCCGUCACCGGUGUGGCUUCCAACGUACCCAUUACAUCCGCUGCACCAUCCGCGAGCAGCUCACCGGACUCUCCCGUCAAUUCUUUACCACUCAUUAACCACUCAACGCAUAACAAUCAUCACGAUGCACGCUCCAGUUCGGUAGCUGAGUUACGUCGUAAGGCACAAGAGCAUUCGGCAGCACUGCUACAAUCGCUUCAUGCAGCCGCUGCUGCAGGUCUUGCCUUCCCUGGCCUACACUUGCCACCGCUGUCGUUUCAUCAUCAUUCGGCUGCUGCUUUGAGUAAUGCACACGCUGCUGCUGCAGCCGCAGCCGCUGCAAAUAAUAAUAAUAAUCACAGUAAUAACAAUAACAACAGCAGCAGCAAUAACAACAACAAUAAUAACGGUGUGCGUCUGAAAAGCGAAUCGGCUCAAGAUAUGACAGCCAGCACCAUGAACGGCCUAUCGGCUGCAGCAGCAGCGGCGGCGGCAGCAGCGGCUGCUAAUAAUCAUCACAGCAUUGCCAGUUUGACUUUGCUCGAUGCUCAAACGGCUGCAUAUCAUCAUCAUCAACAUCAGCAGCAGCAGCAACAACAACAACAACAGCAGCAACAGCAAUUGUCCCAAGCGGCCGCACUGCAUCUGCAGCAACAGCAGAAUCAACUAUCGCCACCCAUCACGCCGACACACACGCCCACCAUCCAUCGGCAGGACACACCGCCCAAGUGCGGUAGUGCUGGUGGCGCUGCAGCUACAAUGCCGGGCGGUAUCGUUACAAAAAGUGAAUAAUAGGAGUCCGAGUAAGCAAUUCGUGGCUCGGA